AUGUUAAAAUCAGGUGAUGAAAGGUCUCUUCUUGACACCAGUAAUGAUGUGGAGCAAAGAAAUAAAAUGAAUGGAAAGCGGAUGAAGAAAAAGAAGAAGGGAAAGGAAGAAGAGAGCAAUCAAAGGGAACAAGACGAGAGUGUUAUGGAUGUGACAGGUGUAAAUAAUAGAAAUGAGGCCAUCAACUCAAGAGCUGAGAUGGUAGAGAAUGUAGAGGAUCCAAAUGUUAAAGAAAAGCAGAAGAGGAAAAAGAAGAAGAGAAAGGAAGAAAAGGGCAACCACAGGGAACAAGACGAGAGUGUUAUGGAUAUUACAGGUGUAAAUAAUAGAAAUGAGGCCAUCAACACAAGAGCUGAGAUGGUAGAGAAUGUGGAGGAGCCAAAUGUUAAAGAAAAGCAGAAGAAGAAAAAAAAGAAGAGAAGGGAAGAAGAGAGCAAUCAUAGGGAACAAGACGUGAGUAUUAUGGAUAUGACAGGUGUAAAUAAUAGAAAUGAGGCCAUCAACACAAGAGCUGAGAUGGUAGAGAAUGUAGAGGAUCCAAAAGUUAAAGAAAAGCAGAAGAAGGAAAAGAAGAAAAAAAGAAAGGUAGAAGAGAGAAGAAAAAUGGGACAGGAUUUGGCUAUUAGUAAUAUACUUGAUGAAAAAGAAGUCAGUAACUCAACAGCUGUGAUGGCAGAAAGCAUAGAAAAGCAAAAAGAUAAUGAAAAGUUGAGAGAGGCAAUGGCCCAUGCGGAGAUAAUUCAUGAAACUUGGACUGUUCCCACGGAACGGCUAAAGGUUUUAAAAGAGAAAGGCAAGUACCGCACCAGUGAUUGUGUUGUUGUUAUAAAGUUUAUUUAUUUAUUAGCUUUUUUUAUUAGUAUAGUAAGUAGUCUACACGUAUUAUCAUUUUUUAACUUAGGAAUCAAGGUAAAGACAGGCAAGUGGUCUUUGCAGGAACUCAGAUUACUACAGUCAAAUAUGGAUAAAUUUGUGGAGGUAAUACAUAAAAUAAGUACAAAAAAUAAGUAAUUUAAUAAAUUCACAAAAUAACAAUUUAGAGGUAUCAUAUCCAAUAAGUGGUUCUCUGGAGUACAUACCCAGAGAAAAACCUCUUGGAGCAAGGAAGAAAACCAACAACAAACUCAACCCACAUAUUCAGGGCGGAAAAACGUUCUGCGCAAGCUUCUGCACAUCCCCUAUUGCAGGCUCAAGGCAGGCUUUUGUGUUUGUUGACUGUGUUUGGUUUGCGACUGUGUUUGUUUGUCACUAAGAGAGUUCUGACUGCGACUGAAUGAAAUGCACAAGGUGUGAAUGUUUCCUUCUCGAAAAGCCUUUUUACCUUUGUGUUCAUCGAAACUUGAGACUCGAUCCUCGAAAGUUUCAAGAGUCGAGAAUCGAGUCUCGCGUCUAGAGGAUCGAGUCUCGAGUGACUGUCAACUUACUUUUGAGCGGCACUGUAUGUGAGUCUGUUUGUUUUGGUCAUAAGGCAAUAUUCAGUUCAGAUGCUUGUAAAAAGCAAAUUAAUGAAAAGAGAAUAAAAUGUAGGUUACUGUUCCUUGAUUACUUGUAGCAACCAUUUUUUUUUGUUUCUGCCAGACGUAUGAACUGCCAGAUCCAGUUAGAAUUCUUCUUCGCUCAGGUACAGACAGGGAAGAUAGAAAAUUCUGGAAGCGCUUUGGUCGUCAAAACGAAUUUUACAAAGAGCUUGGUGAGUCAAAUGUGUACAGUCAGGGUGCAAAGAAAAUUAUUUUUACAGCUUGCCAUUUGGGCAAGCUGAAGCUAGCAUUUACUAGCCCAGAGACCAUUUCAACUAGUCCCAAAAGCUUUUUGACAAGCAGAAUUGAUUUUACAGUUCUUUUUUGCUCAAAUUCCUUAAAAAACAGCACUUACCCGUCGGGCAGGUUAAGAACGAAAAUCACUCGCUUGAUAGCAAAAUCCACUACCCAUGGGCUAUCGGACACUACUUUCUUUGCAUGCUGACAGUAUUUUUUUAUCACCAUAGACGAGAACCAAUUGCUGGUUUUCAGUGUCAUGCCAUUCAAAAUAGAUAAAAAAAAAAUCAAAAUGAUUCGAUAGAUAAAGUCCAGAAUCUGGGAAAGGAAAGGAGGUAAAUAUACAAAGACCCUCACCAAGAUUUGGGUUGAAGGAAUAAUUUGUAUACGAGAUAUCCGAGGAAAUGUUUUACCUAAAUUUAUAGAGCUUUGUAUGGAGACGCCAUGCUGGAGCUCAUCUGGAAGAGCUCCAACACGGCGGAUGGAAAUCAACAGAAACAUCUGUUACCGGACCGAGUUUUGCUACAAAAGCAUGAAUUUACUCCUAGAGGAACUCAUAAACAUUAAAGUAAAACUUUUUCUAAUACUUCAACUGUUUAGAUAGCAAAAUUCCUCGAAAAAAGUCACUUUUUUAACCUAAAUGACAGCUCUCUCGGCCGUCGUGUAAAUGCUGCGUCACGCAAAAGCUUAGAAAUUGAAACGUACUCUAUUACAAAACCAAGAAACCUUUUGAAGCAAAGAUUGGUUUGAAAAUUAGUUUACAGCUGCUCUAAUACACCAUGAAAGUAAACUCUCAGUAGGAUGGAUAUUUUUAUAGUUUGAAUUUUAGUGACAUCAUGUGAAAACCAACAAUAGUGCAUGCAACACUCUAAAAAUACUGUUACAUUGUAUUCAUGAGCAAUGUUAUAUUGUUUAUGUCAAUAUUUUUCCCUGGAUUAAGUAUAGAGCAAAACAUGACACUAAGAUGAACCCCUUCAACAAAAUAAACCAAUUUCGUCUUUUUUCUCUAUAUCUUUAAGCAGGCCUGUAGCAAGCAUAAAAUGACUGGGGGGGGCUGAGCGAGUGGCCCACAUUAUCCCCCCCACCUUGCUCCGGUCCAUCGGUUAAAGCAUACUUCUUAGUACAUGUCAGAUCACUACAUUUGUCUACAAUACUUUUGUUCGUGUCUCUAAUUUUCCGUUUUUGUUGACUUUGACGAAAUAGAGAACUUGUUUGGGAUAUCGUUCACAGAAAAUUUGCCAAACAAUUGCUUUCAUUUUUCUUUCUCCCCAACGAAGUCAUUAGCUACGUCUACAAGGGUCAGAGCAUCUGUUCUAUCCUUAUGAACAUGCAACAUCAUGAGGUUGUUCAGUCUAGAGUCUCCCGUUGUUGAGCGCAAAUACGUCUUCACCCGCUUUAAAGCUGAAAACGAUCUUUCACUAACGGCAUUGGUUGCUGGCAUGACAUUUCCGGGUUGUUCUUUGAUACGGAUUGUUUCUUCGACUACACCAGGCUCUGUGUCACUGCUGCAUGGUUUUACCCAUGAUAAACGUAUUCCCUGCUUAUUCUCAACUUGUUUGGAUUUCUUUUUCGGCGGCUCUUGCGAAGACAUUGUAAGACUUUCAAUAUAAACGCCCAAAAACCUAAGUUUUACUCUAGUACAGUAGUAUAUUUUACACUGGCGGACCUCUUAGGAAACCAAUAAAGUUCAAGAGGUCAAGUUCAGGGAUUGUCAUAGGUACAUUUUGAUCCAUUUUGCUUCUGACUAUUUUGAUGCUUAAUAAGCAAAUAUUUUAAAGCUGUUGGUUGUUUUUGGGCAGAGCAAAAAUACGAUUUCCUUUAUUCACACAAUUCUAAAUUGCACAGAAGAACAACAGUACAUAAUCUUACUAUGAUCGACAAUACUUUGAAACUUUAGCUUCCAUUGACAGCUGUCCAUUUUAGUACAAAAAUUCCACUUUUGUAGCAGAAUUUAAUUCAAGUCUGAAAAUUUCUGGUGGGGGCUCGAGCCCCCCCUACCCCUCCCCCUGCUACGAGCCUGUCUUUUUUCUCGCAAAUACAGUAGACGCACUAGAUCGUCAACCAGCAAUGUUAAUAAAUACAUAAUUAAGAAAUGUAAAACUACUAUGUACCAGAAAUCCUUUCUCAUUAGAACUAGUAGAAUUUGGAAUUGUUUAAGGAAUAAAUUAGACCUUAGCUUCCUUUAAAUCGGUUAUUUUUUAAUUAUUAUAAGUUUGCGUUAGCUGUUUCCUAUGAUUGUGAAGACCCACGUUCGUUGAAGUCUAUCUGUUAAAAUGUAAUAGUGCUCGUCCCUUGUCUCGUCAAAUAACUUGUUGUAUGUAGCCGAUUUUUUUCUUGUAUCGCUGUGUUUUUUUAAUAUUUCUUUUUUUUAUUCUUUUUAUUAGUAUCCUGGCCCGCUGUAAUUGGCCACAGCUGUUGUGGUGUCCCCGCCAAUGUUCUUUCUAUUUGUUUGUUUGUUUGUUUUUUUUUUGGUGAAGCUAAUAAAAAUAAAAUACUUAAUGAUAAUAUUGAAGAGUUGACAUUCAAUAAGGUGAUCUUGAUUUGGGCAGACCUGAACAUGAAGGUGAUAAUAACAAUUUUUUUUUCCAAUUUUUUUUACUCUAGGAAGAGGUAUACUGAGACCACUGAACACUAUCUACAAAUGUGCAACGAGAAUUUAUGACGAAUCAAAUUACGUUGGAAAGUUAGUGUGAUCAUUAGUUAAUAGUUUUCAUUGUCAUCACUUUAUGGUAGAAAGGCUUGCAGUGUAGGUCUCUUGAGAGGGCCAUACAAUGGAGCCUCGUCUCAUAGCCACUCUGGCUUCUAUACAAUAACCAUUUUAUUAAAACCACAUUCCUUUUUGCCCACUUUUUAUGCCCCAAGAGUGACCAAAAUCAAUUUUCUCCCAACAAUAUCCUUUCAUAGUCAAACGAAAAGGUUUUGAGAAUUAGUAAAGUCAUCACCAAAGAAAAAAUGCUUUAAUUUUUCAUCAAAUUCUCUUGGGUAACUCUUCAAGGAAAUGUAUGAAGAUCAGGCUGAGGAAUUUGUAUUUGAUAUUGGGGAUGAAAGGGUGAAAAAUACUCAAUGAUUCUCCUAUCUGAAAGCCUUGUUAGUAUGACCCUUGAGUGACAUCCUCACAAAAUAUUGCUUUUCUGGAAGAAUUAGUCAACAGAUCUCUGAGGCUGAAUAGUAAUGACACAGUCUUAGUGAGUAGGUGGCCUGAGCAACAAUGAUGGAAUGUCAAAAAACAAGAGUGUUGUAGUCGUAUAUCAUACAUUUUGGUACAUUUUUUGACUCUGCUGUGCAAAUACAACUCGAAAAUCCCUGAUGUGACAUUUUGUACUUAGAGGAAGUGAACACAGGACCAUGAAACUGCCUGUCUCUUUUUGAAUGUGGAUGAAAAAUUCAACUCCAGGAAAAUUCACAUACAUUUGACAUGAGCGAGGCUAAAUAAAUGUAUUAUGUUAAAAUUUGAAGGAACACCAAUUCUAUUUUUCAGUGAAACUUUCACAGUUGUGGUCUUCUUGCUAGCUUAAGCUCCCUAAUUUUUAAAAGAAAGACACUUCUGUCAUCUCAACCUGACAUCUGACAGCCUCAAAAUUUGCCCUUCACAUUAGAACAUGUUAAAGAUAUUUUUAAAUAACCAGCCCACAAAAUUAUGGAUUCACUAGUGACCUAACAGAUGCUCUUUGUAUUAAUAAUAACUAUCAUUAAUUUUUAUCAGAUACUCUGAAGAAGAAGUCAGAGAACUGAAAAGGUGAGACUAUGUUAGUUUACUUGCAAAAAAUGUGAGAAGUCAAGAAAAAAAAAACGGUUCACUCUCAUCCUUGCCACAAGUGAAUCUGAAAGAGUUAUUUUCCCUGGUAGGAAAGUCUGCUUUUCGGGGCUGACCAAACAUGACUUUUUCAACCCCUGUACUUGAAUUUGGUGGAUAGUGCUUUGCACUCUUUGCCCAACAGGAGCCGGGACACUUAUUUACACUAGUGUUUUUCUUAUUAAGGUUACAUACAGUGCAUGGUGCAGACUGGGUUACUAUUGGCCAGUUAUUGGGCAGGAGUCGGAUGUCUGUAAACCGCAAAUACUCAAAGCUGCCAACCACUGAAGGUUAGUACAGAACUACCCAUAAUGGAAUUACCUCAGGAGGGCGUGGUACUCCAUCAUAUACCCCUCUGGAGCCUCAUGUUCUCAAAAAUUUCUUUUAGUCUAUUUUCAUUGGGCUUUGAAAACAGACCUUCUAUUCGUUUUGAAGCUUAGGACAUUGUUUUGUCCAUUCAUUUAGUAGAGACCUUUAGAUUCUAAGAUAAGGGCUGUCUCUUACGAGGCGGGGGGCAGGGGAUUUACCCCGGCUACCUAAGAACAUGCCUCCUGGCGACUUUCAUAGGAAAAUGAAAUAAAAAUAGAACCAAAGAAAUCCCUAUCUGUCUUAUUCCUCACCUACUUGUUGUAUUUACCCAGCAAUUUGAAAUCUUAGUGACAUUCCCGCUAAGAUGAUGACUACGAGUGCAGGAAUUUCCUCAGUGUUAUGUAGUGUAUGCACGAGAACCAGUGUCACGGGAAAAUGUGAUAGUUGUCAUCAUUCUACUACAAGUUUUAGCGAAAAAUGUCCAACAUGUAAUAGUGGCAACACUGGUUAUCAAAUGUUUAACAGAAGUUUUAUCAUUUUGGGAUUGAGAGAGGGCUUAACCCCCUUCAAUAAAAAUAACAGUUCCAAUCUUUCUGGUAAAAAAAAAGAAGUGAAAUGAAGCUUUUUGGGGUAUCUUUUUCUAAGGAUGUGCGAAAAAACUUUUAGUUAAAUCUUGUCCCCCUCAUCUUCGAAUCUAAAGAUCUCUAUUGUUUUGUAAACGAAUCAAAAAACUUGUUCUGAGAGCUUUGUGGUGCUCGAUCCUUACCUCAUACUUUGUUUACAUCUUCCAUGGCAUUAUGUCUUAUAUGAAGUCAUUCUGAAUUUUUAUAUUUUGGAAGAUGGAGAAAUCUAACCCCAGAAAGCUGAGAUAAAAUUCCGAACUCUAGGUGAGAAACGAACUCACGACCCUCUGAGUUCUAGUUCGGAGGCUCUAACCACUGAGCUUCUGGAGGCUAUAUGGCGAGCAGGGUCGAAAUUUAAUUAUAAUUACACAGGGCUGUGGCUAAAAUUUCAAGUUUCUGGGUAAAUGCAAUUAGUAGGAGGGGAACUGUACAGCUACGAAGUUCUUUUGGCUCUAUUUUCCUUUGUUUCCUAUAAGAGUAGCUGGGGUUUACACUCAUAGUAGCCAAAUCCCUGGCCCCGGCUCUUACAGUGACAGUCCUGAAUUACACCAGUCACCGUUUUCUCCUUAUUAGGCGGUAACUGGUAAAGUUUACCGCUUGAAGCAACACUUUCCGUGACUUUUGUUACUAAAUUGUCCCUAACAGCAAAGGCAACCUUCAUUCGUAAAACUCUUUGUCUUGAGGUGUUUAAAAUAAUUUUCGGUCAAUUGGUUGACAGGAUUCUUGAAAAUAAAAGCCGUCAUGAACGCGAAGCCCCUCCCCUCGCAUGAGAGUGUGCCUCUGGUGUAUAUUUUUGGCCUUACCGGUCAAGAAUGGUCCCUUACUUGCUGAGCUAAAAUUUAAGGAGAACUGUGAAGUCAUGGAGGACUGUAUCGGGGACUUGCGCAAAAUCGGCGUACACAGGGUGGUUAGGAAUCUUUUUUAUGACCUUGUGAUUCCAUUACUUUUGGUAAAAUAUAUUUCAAAUUAUUAUUUUGGUACUCUCCUUGUUGAAGGGAAGGGUUUGUAUAGGGGUACACCAUUAUGAGUACAUGUGUAUGUCACCUUAGUCUUAUGUGUCAUUGUAACUGCGUCCCCCUCACGCACCUCAUUUUUCGCUGUGAGGCGAGCACGAAAUGCGAGCGAUGGGUGACAAAACGUAAGGGGCUAUGGGAAGGAGAAGAAGGAGAGGCGAGGCGCGUCUGGCCCGUUUUCUCCUUCCCGCCCUGGCCUCCUCUGAGCGUAAAUUUUCAUCGAAGAGACUUCUGGGUACGAGGGAGGUCAUUGUGAAAGGUAUGGUUUAAAUAGCAUAUAGUUAGGCAUUAUGUGAGAUUUUUUGAAAGGAAAACAGCAACAACAGCAAAUAACAAGGAGUGAAACGGUUUGUUUGUUUUUAUUAUUAUUAUUAUUAGGUGGCAGAGGAACGUGGACAGAGGAUGAGGUUAAAUGCCUUAAAGAAGCAGUUUAUCAAGUCACCAAAACAGCUGAAGAUCAACCAGUACCAUUCCAUGGUAUAUACUGGCCUGAUGUGGCAAAAAUUGUGAAGACAAGGAACAUUGAACAGUGUAGACGGAAGUGGUGAGUUUACACUAGCUUUUAUCUGUUCUUUGGCUAACAGAAUGAGUUGAAAAAUGGGGGAGGCAAAAUAAAGUGGGCACCAUUUCUUCCAUGAUAUUUUUUCUGGCAAGUUUUUGUUCUUUAUUUGAUAUCACGUCCCACCUUGGGUUGCUAUAUGAACGGCAAGAAUAUGCUUAGGCUUAAUUACCAGUCGCUUUCGGUAAAUGAUCCCGCGCUCAGGGACAAGACCGGACCCAAGAUAGCAGCAAAAAUCAAGCCUAAGAUAUGCCACCUGUACUAGAUAAUUUAUAUUUCUCCUUCUCACACCCAAAAGUGCCCAAAGUCAAAGUUUACCAAAAAUUCCUAAGGUAAUUUUUAAAAAUGCAGAAACACAAAUAGUAUCAUGUGAAAAGUAUUACUGAAGAGGUUUCAUUUAAAUGGCCACACCAUAGGAUUUCAUCCACAAAACAAGAGAGGUUUAACGUUCCAAAACGCUAAGAAAUGGCCUUUUCUCCUUAAUUCAGGUUAGAAAAUCUUUCCUGGAUGAACGAUGAAGAGGAGAAAAAGUGGACAAAACAGAAUGAGCUUCGACUUAUCACAAGGUUUGUUAGGAAACAUUUCUUGUUUGUGUACUGCAACCCUGGUGUGUGAGAGAAAAUGUUGCGCCGCCGUUCUCUGUUGGGUUUUGGUUUUCUCCCUUAGGAUUAUUUUAUUAUUUUUGGUAGAUUAUACAACUCUGGUAUAACCCAAGAAUGCGAUGUGGAUUGGAUGGAGGUGAAAUCUGACUUCAAGAGGUGAGCUGAAACUUAUAUUGGACUAAACAAUGAUCAUUUUGAUGAGAAUACUACAAAUGUGGUUUUCUAAUCUCUGCUAGCGAUAUAGUGUUAAGAAAAUUGACGAAAAUCUUUACUUUUUAUUUUGCCGUAUGCGUUUCCAUCGCGGUAGUAGGGACUUUAAGCUUCAACGACGCAACGGCAACGAGGACGUCAAAGAAAAAAAAAACGCCAGGUUUAAUAUGCCAAACGACAACUUCGCGCGUGCAUCACACUUUUUUGUACAUUUCUUUGCCGUUUUUGCACCACUACGACGUGAAAAUGCCUAAUUUUGCGUUUUACGGGGAACGUAAACAAGCAACGACGAAAUUUUACUUCUCCUUCUGAACUUGGAUGCGGUCCCUUGGAAUUCAACCUCAUGAGGUUUCGUCAACAUUUGACUAAGUAAUUGGGUAGGAAAUGGAAUCAGAAUCGCGAUAAAGACUGAAAGAAAGCAAUUUCACUUUUAAAGCGACGUUCUCGUUGCCUUCGCGGUUUUGGACCUUGAAGUUCCUAUUAUCUUCUUGUUGCCUAGUGCCUUGAAAAUAAACUUUUACCUAAGGCGCGCUAGUAAAUCAAACGGCCCGAAGGUUCUCAACAAUAUGAUUUUACGUUUGUGUUCUACAAUUUUAAAAUAAAUUCUGUUUUGGUCAAAGUUUAAGCUUGGCGUGCUCACCAAAAAGGAAAAUCGCAGGAGCUGACGGGAAGGAAAACACAACCUAAUUCAGUAUUCUGAUUAUCUAUAUCUGUAUUCUGAUUUAACAUGGGUAUUUGAGAAAAGCUGUUGUUUAGUUUUGUUUCUAAGUAUUUCUGAUUUUAUGUUUCUUCAUUCGUUCUUUAACGUGAGUUAACUACGUUUUUCAGCAAUUAUCCUCCUCAGUGGCUCCGAAAGAAAUGGUUAGAAGUUAAAAGAAAAGCGCCAAACUAUCACCAGAUGGAGUUUGAAGGUACGUCAAAUUGCAGAUUCUCAGAAUCUACUUAACGCCAAACUCCUGUGAUAAAGUUUGCCAAGAUGUCUCUUAGGUGAUUAACUCUUCUGACAUGAAAGUCCGUUACAGAUAAAAAUUGAAGAAAAAAUGUCAAAUUUUAUUUUCUGAAAUAGUCAAAAAUAGAUAGUAUCUUGUGAAAGUACUGCUUAAGUGGUUUCAUUUGAAUGGUCACACCAUAGGAUUUCAUCCAGGCACUCAACAGUUAGAAUACUAAAUAAAUACAUACUAAAUAAAUAGUACCAUGUGAAAGUACUGCUGAAAUGGUGUUAUUUGAUUUCGCCCACAGACUCAAAUGUUAGAACUAAUUUUAAAGUUCCUUCAGUUUCUUUCUACCCUUAACUGAUAUGGUAAUCAAGUGAUAGUUUCUUGAGCUCUCCUCCUCUGAUUAUAAGCUUUUCUUCUAUAAUCCCCCCAGUCCAGGAGCAGUAAAAAACAGAUAAGCCUUCAGGAGCGGUUAACUCAGGGCGUUUAGUGUAUCUAAACGUUUUCUGUUUCUUCAUCGUCUGUUUCUGUAGAUAUUUUGGACUAUCUGUACCAUGUAUAUGGCAAGACCUUGAGAGCUCAACUGGAAGCCGAGGCUUCCACAUCCAGCAACGAUGCCAGUUAG